AUGUUUGCUUUACUCCUCGGAGUCCCGUUGGUUGCAAGCCAAGCAGGAACACAUUCAACGGGAUGGAAUUCGAGUUUCGAGCUCAGCCCCGAGCAAGUCACGUUGGCCAGCCUGACAGACGAUCUGGCAGCUGCUAUCAACACCAUUACCAAAUUCGACCACUCCCAGCUUGCAAACGGUGGGGCACAUGAGGAUGACUUUUACAACGUCCAGAACCUCCCCAAGGACAAAUGGCCCACCGAGCCUGGAAAGACAGUCAAACUUCAAGAGCUCACGGACCCAAAACCAUUUACCAUUCCCGCGAAGACAGCUUUGUCCCGCAUUGCAUAUAGCACGACCAACAUCAACGGGACUGUGAUCCCUGCUUCCGCCUACAUCCUAUGGCCGUAUCAACCCAAAGGCCUUCACGCCAAAAAACACAAAACUUCUGAGUCAUCCGCCCCCGUUGUGCUCUGGACACAUGGAACUUCAGGCUUCUAUGCCGAUGGGGCUCCCUCCGUACACCGCGGCCUGUUCUACUCCGAAAUCGUCCCAUAUGCGUUGGCCGAAGCCGGAUACGCUGUGAUUGCGCCAGACUAUGCCGGGCUUGGCAUAGACAAGUCCUGGGACGGGAGCCACAUCCCACACCAGUAUUUUGUUCGCGAAGCCGGCGCUCACGAUGCUCUGAACGCUCUAAGAGCGGCUCAGGAGUCGUUCCCGAAGCGUCUGUCGCAGGAAUAUGUCGUCAUGGGCCACAGCCAGGGCGGUGCGGUUGCUUGGGGCCUGUCUGAAAUUCUGGGUCGCAAAGAUCCCAAGUUCAGAGAUGUUGCGAAGGGCUACCGUGGUGCUGUUCUCGCUGCCCCGCCAACAGACGCUUUCUCAGCCAACUCUCCGGCCUUUCUCGCGUGGAUUGCCAAAGACUUAACUCGGAUUUACCGGUCUUUCAAGCUCAGCGACUGGUUCACUCCGCUUGGUGUCAGCAGGAUCGAGCUUUUUAACCAGAUCGAAGGAUCCCAGAUGGUUAGUUUUGCCAUGCUCGGCGAUGAGAAAACAAUGCUCAAGCCAGGUUGGAAUGACACCUGGUAUGUUCCAGCGUUUGAGCGAUUAUCCAACCCCGGAAGCCGGCCAUUCCAAGGACCGAUCCUUGUCGUCCAGGGAACUGAAGAUCCAACCGUGCUCUACAACACGACAAAGUCUACCGCAAAAGCGACGGUGGAAAAGUACCCUGGUGACCUGGAACUGUUGGCUGUCUCCGGGGCAAACCAUUUCGCUGCCAUAAGCGCGGCGAAGCAGACCUGGUUGCAGUGGAUCGAGGAUCGCUUUGAGAACAGACCUGUGGCUAAGCGUGGUUACGUUGAGUCUCAGUUGGACAGCUUUUUGCCUCUGAAAAAUUAUCAGGUUGCUCCGAACUCUUUUGCGCAGUGGGCUGGGAAGCCGGAGUGGUAUUAUGAGGUGCUGACUGCGUUUUGA